AUGCGUGCUGAGAGGCCCAGCCCCCCUUUGACUUUUUCUUUUCCUCCUCUAUCCACUAGACCUUUUUCUCAUGCCUGUUUUUCAAGCAGAAUUUGGAGUUUUUUAGAAUCGCUACGUAAAGCGGAAAUCCCUCUGGCUUAUGGCGAUUCUCUCCCGUACAUUCUAAUACAUUUCUGCCUGCAAAUCCCGCCUUUUCAAGGCCUUGACCUAGAUCCUGCUGUGCUCCAUCCCCUUGCCAUUGCCUUCCUUCCCUUGUUCUUCAAUCUCAUCACUGCUCUAUGUAUUAUACUGCUACUAAUGGAGCGUGCCACACCUGACCUAAACAGCAUUGCUGGCGGCCAUAUACUAGGGCAAAUACUGGAUAUUGUGCGCGACCGCAUCCUGCACCCUACAUUUGGUAUAGCUGAUCACCGCACACUCUUUGAACUGGCACUUGUGUGCCGCCAGUGGAAACGCCACCUGGAUUUAUCCCUCACCCGCACCCUCAUCGUAGAAUUCCAGGACAUGCAGGGCACAUCCAGCCGGACCAUGGUCUCGUGCCUAUGCAGCAUGCUUGGCUAUCAUGAGACUCGGCACAAAAUAGUAACAAACACCAGCGCCUUUUCAACAUGCACAGCCGGCAAUCCCCAGGAUUUGCGCAUAAAGCCAGGAGCUGGAGCAAUUUUGGGUGCAAUAGAACAAGUUGUGUCUGCCAAGUGGCAGAGUAUCGAGACGCUCACACUGGUAGGAUGUUUUUCCGACGGAUGUGAAAGGAGUGCGGAUCAGACAGCAGGUGUUUUGGCGAAUAUUCUGCCGAAUCUCACGAACAUUGACUUUGCCCAUGCCCACCAUACCAGCAGCGGGCUUCGCUCAGUACUACGUGCUUUGAACAGGAGGUUUAUGCCACGGUUAAAGUCACUAUGUGCGGUUGAACCCCUAGCCAGCAGCGGGUUACCUGUGGCAUCAGAAUACCUCACCAGCAUGGACAUUGACGCACGAUUCAUCACAAGCGGCACAUGCGCAUUGACUGUUAUGUGCCCGCAAUUGCAGUCUCUCCGAAUAACCAACAUUGGCGGUGGCUUUCCAUGGCCCCUGUUUGCCCUAUCAGCCGCGGGCCACACGGAAUUCCCUGAUCUGCGCUCAUUGACUCUGAAAUUUGCCAUCAGCCGCCAGCCGCCCAGGGACUCCCUACCAAGCCACCAUAUGCAUACAUUUCCGGCGCUACGGCGGCUUCUGGUAACAAACGCGUACGAGCACUCGACCAACCCCUACCUGGCCUUCCUAUGCUCUCCCCUGACACACCUCGUGAUACAAGAGCACGCAGAAACCUUCCGAGGGAUCGAUGUGCGGCUCCUGCAUAAUAUCCACCACCUAUCCAUCACUAUCUCUGGAAAUGCCUGGAAGCCAGUUGCUGCAUGUACGGAGUCGUGUGCAGGGCUGCUGGCGGCCUGGUCAUCUGCACGCACCGCCUGCCUAUCGGGUUUUGAUUUCAGCGAUGCCACAUUAGUUAACUGGCCACAUCUGCAGCGGCUCUCGCUAUUCACCCGGUCGGUCACGCUGGCAUCUGUGGGGAGAAUUCUGGCCCAGCUCCCCAGCCUGUGGCUGCUUGAGCUCGAGUUCGAGCAUUUGCAGAACGCCAGCUCUUGGGUGACUGUUGGCCACAGUGGGGCGAUGAGUGCUAGCUUGCAGAGGUGUUCAGUGUCGGUCGACUCCCCCCGCCGCAUUCCGUGUGUGGAGGUGUGGCUCGAGUCUGUGGUCUGCCGGAUACCGUCACUCUUGAGCCUGCACAUUCCCAGACUGUAUGCUGCUGGGCUACAGGCGCUUGCUGACCGAAAUGCCCUGGCCGUUAAAGUGUCUGCGCAGUAG